CGCAAUGUGCCGCCCAGGACUAACCCGGCUGCUGCUCUUCCAUCUGCUGCUGCUCAAGCUGCACACGGGCAAAGGCGCCGCAAAGGAGUGCGAGGAGGACCAGUUCCAGUGCCGGAACGAGCGGUGCAUCCCCGCCAUCUGGAAAUGCGACGAGGAUGACGAUUGCUCGGACAACAGCGACGAGGCGGAUUGCCUGAAGAAAACCUGUGCAGAAUCAGACUUCACCUGCAACAAUGGCCACUGCAUCCCAGCCAGGUGGAAAUGUGAUGGUGAAGAGGAAUGCCCUGACGGGUCUGAUGAAUCAGAAGCGACAUGCACCAAACAAGUGUGCCCAGCUGAAAAAAUUAGCUGUGGAGACUCAAGCAACAAAUGUAUCCCAUCAUCCUGGAGAUGUGAUGGGGAGAAAGACUGUGAAAGUGGGAUUGACGAGGCUGGUUGCACUACUGUCUGUUCUUCCAGUGAGUUCCAGUGCAGUAACAAGACCUGCAUAGCCAUGAUCUUUGUGUGUGAUGGCGACAACGACUGUGGCGAUGGCAGUGACGAGAGGAAGUGCUCGCCCCUCACCUGCAACCCUAACGAGUUCCAGUGCAACAACAGCGUGUGCAUCCCUGAGCCCUGGGUCUGUGACAACCAGCCCGACUGUGAAGACCACUCAGAUGAAUCGAUGGAGAAGUGUGGCUACAAAGUCAAGCCUCAGGUGCUGAACACCUGUGCGGCCCACGAAUUCAGGUGUGGCAAUGGGGAGUGCAUCCACUUGAACUGGAAGUGCGAUGGUGACGAAGACUGCAAAGACAAGGCAGACGAGCAGGAUUGUCCACUGGUGACCUGCCGCCCUGAUGAAUUCCAAUGUGGGGACGGGACCUGUAUCCAUGGAGCAAAGCAGUGCAACAAGGUACACGACUGUCCUGACAACAGCGAUGAGGCAGGCUGCAUUAACGAACAAAAUGAAUGCUCGAUCAACAACGGUGGGUGCUCACACAUAUGCAAAGACUUGAAGAUUGGUUAUGAAUGUGAAUGCCCUCCCGGAUACAAGCUUCUGGAUAAAAAAACGUGUGGAGACAUAGAUGAAUGUGAGAAUCCAGACGCUUGUAGCCAGAUCUGCAUUAAUUACAAGGGGGACUACAAAUGUGAAUGCUACGAGGGAUACGAGAUGGACACCCUGUCCAAGAACUGCAAAGCCGUAGGCAAGAGUCCAUACCUGAUCUUCACCAACCGCCACGAGGUACGCAAGAUAGAUCUGGUGAAAAGGGACUACUCUCGCAUCAUCCCCAUGCUGAAGAAUGUGGUGGCUUUGGAUGUGGAGGUGGCAACAAACAGGAUAUACUGGUGUGAUUUGUUCUACAGAAAGAUAUACAGUGCCUACAUAGACAAAGCCAGCGACAUAGCCGAGCAGGUGAUUUUGAUAGACAGUCAGCUGAACUCCCCUGAAGGCCUGGCGAUGGACUGGGUUCACAAGAACAUCUACUGGACAGAUUCGGGAAACAAAACCAUCUCUGUGGCCACUGCUGAUGGAAGCAAGAGGACAACACUUUUUAGCACUGACCUAAGCGAGCCCAGAGCCAUUGCAGUUGAUCCGACACGGGGAUACAUGUACUGGUCUGAUUGGGGAGACAAAGCUAAAAUUGAAAAAUCUGGCCUGAACGGUAUGGAUCGGCAAGUGCUGGUAACAGACAACAUUGAGUGGCCGAAUGGCAUCACACUAGAUUUGCUGAAUCAGCGUCUCUAUUGGGUGGACUCCAAGCUGCACUUACUUUCAAGCAUUGACUUCAAUGGCGGCAAUAGGAAAGUUCUCAUCUCUUCUGCUGAUGACCUGAGCCACCCUUUCGGAGUAGCUGUGUUUGAGGAUAAGGUGUUCUGGACUGACCUGGAGAACGAGGCAAUCUUCAGUGCAAACAGAUUGAAUGGCCUGGACAUCUCCAUUUUAGCAGAGAAUCUCAAUAACCCUCAUGAUAUUGUGGUCUUUCACGAGCUAAAGCAGCCAAAAGCUCCAGAUUCCUGUGAGCUCAGCUCCCAACCCAAUGGAGGCUGUGAAUACCUGUGUCUUCCCGCACCCCAAAUCUCUCUCCAUUCCCCCAAGUAUACGUGUGCCUGUCCUGACAACAUGUGGCUGGGCCCUGAUAUGAAGAAAUGCUACAAAGAUCUUCCAGCUGCCUCAACAACUGAGCCAGUUUCAACCAUCACCACUACUAUGAUUUCCACCAUCAACGCAGCUACAACUAGCAACACCAGCAAUGCCAGUAGAGAGAGCUCAGGAACUGUAUCACAAUUCUCCAUCACAACCCCAGGUGUUGGCUUACCCACAACUACAUCCAGCCUAAUAGGCACAAAGAUCAUGACACCUGGAAAUAGCAAUUUAUCCCAGCACUAUGCCAAUGAUGGGCAAGGUUUUGGAUCAACUGUUACAGCAGCCAUUAUUGGAAUUGUAGUUCCUCUUGUGGUCAUUGGUUUGCUGUGUAUGGGAGGGUACCUCAUCUGGAGGAACUGGAAAAGGAAGAACACUAAAAGCAUGAACUUUGAUAACCCUGUGUACAGGAAGACAACAGAAGAAGAGGAUGAAGAGGAAAUCCAUAUUGGGAGGACUGCACAAAUUGGGCAUGUCUACCCAGCACGUGUAGCAUUGAGCCUGGAAGAUGAUGGGUUACCAUGAGGACCAAGUCGCUGCUCUAGUCCCAUACAAUGGAAUAAUAUGCACUGAACAGAUUCACUUUGGAUCAUGGAACACCCCCCGCCCUUUUCUUCCCCCUAAUUAAUUACUAUUUAUGUUGCAGAAGGGUAACCACAAAGUUAUAAUGAACUGCAAACAUCCAAAGGAUGUGAGAGUUUUGUAUGUAUAAUCUUUUAUACACGUUUUAACUUGUUGCACUACCCAUACGUGAUAGUGAAGAGGCUACUGCUGAGCUACUAACCCAGUAUCCAUAACCUGCCGGGUUCAAUAGCUAUGCGUCAUUUUAAAACUAUAUUUAUAGCGGUUUUGUAAAUAGGUUGAACAUGCUUUGUGGCUAUCCAUCAACAUAAGUAAAAAAAUGCUAUACAAGCAGUUUAGAAUAUUUAUUAACAAAAUUGGGAUAUAAGAUUUGUUCUGUAAAGAGGGGUGAGAGUAUUUAUUUUUUGUAUGUUUGGCUUGCUGUGCAUAUAUCUAUCUAGGCUAGAUAGAUAUAUAGACAUAUAAAUAUAUACAUAUAUAUACAUAUAAAUAUAUUUUAAAACUACUAGCCCAAGUCUAUGGGAAUUAGGAGGGAUUGAAUUCUUAAGGAAUGUUUAUGGAAAAUUUGCUUUGAAGUCUAAAGCCAUUGGAGUAAGAAACAGCUGUACAAUAGGAUAAUCAAUGAUUCUGUAAAAUGAAUGAAGCACUCCCGUAAUGAAUUUCUGCUGUCAAAAUGGUUUACUUUGUAUUUCAAGCCCAGACAAAUGUACUGGCCAGGACUCAGGCACUAGCACACUUGAUUUCCUUUUUUAAAAAAAAUCUUUACAUCAAAAAUGUCUUCAUACAGUAACUUUUCUUCACUUCAUGUAAUUCACACAGAAGAAACUCCUAUUAGGUUUCAACAUGGCUUUAUGUCAUGUCUGUCUCCAUGGGGGUUAUUUGGUGUAGGAUUUUUUAAGAAAACCUAAAUCUGUCAUUU